AAAAAAAAAAAAAAGAAUUUUGGUGUAGUCUUUAGCUCGCUGAAUAAGUAACUCUUCGCAUGGCCAUAGUUGUGAAGGGGGCUAUUAUGAUUUCAUUAUUUGUUUUAAACUAGAAACCGUACUUGGUGAUUUUUGCAGCUAAACCUGCAAAGCUGGUCAAAGAUACUGAGAUGACAGCACCAUGCCCACCAACAGUUCUUUAUCCAACAACUGGAGGCAAUAUCCAUAGUUUUAGAGCUCUAACUCCUUGUGCCAUCUUUGACAUCCUUGCGCCUCCUUACUCCUCUGAAGAUGGACGGCACUGCACGUAUUUCCGGAAGUCCUCAAGAAAAGAUCUGCCUGGUUAUCUUGAGUUUGAAGGAGUUACAGAGCCACAAGUGACUUGGUUAGAAGAGUUUCAACCUCCCGACAACUUUGUGAUUCGCAGAGGGCUGUACAAGGGCCCUGUUAUUAGAACUUGAGAAUUCUUGUUUUUUGUUUAUACAUUUUUAGUUAAAUUUGCGUUUUCCAUGAUAGGAAACAUUGAGGGGGAACUUUGGCAAUAAUUUAUUUUUGGCUUAUGUAAGUUGCGCAUUUGGCUUGUACAUAAUAAUACACCAAUGUAGUCUGAUUUACUGACCUCACAUUAAACUAGUAGGGCAGUCAUUGGAAGUUGGAAGAAAGAAAUCAUGGCCAAUCACAUUCGCGUUGGCAUUUUGUUUGUUUUA